AUGGAGGUCAAGCACAAUUUCACUGUAUAUUUCGACAGUCCAUCCGGCGUCUUCGCCGAGGAAAGUCUUAUGAUUGCUCCUUUGGCGUCCCUUCCAUAUUAG